UUUUUCAGUUAGAAGAUGAUAUUUUGUCAAAACCAGGGUAUAUAGACACUAUGAAAAAAUUUGCUUAUAAGCAAAUAACAGAAAAAAAGGAAUGGAUGAUUUUAGAUUUUUGUCAGCUAGGAUUCAUUGGGAAGAUGUUUAAAUGUGUGGAUUUGUCCAAGUUAAUCACUUUCUUCAUUAUUUUUCAUAAUGAUAAACCAGUUGAUUGGCUUUUGGAUCAUGUAGUACAGACUAAGGUUUGCCGUUUUGAUAAAGAUCCAAAAGACUGUAAGAAGAGAAAAGAUCAAGUAUGGUUGCAUUAUAAACCUUCACUAUUUCAACAUGUUGGAACACAUUCAUCUUUAAAAGGAAAGGUCCAGAAAUUGAAGGAUAAGCAGUUUGGGAAGCUCUCACUUCAUCAUCCUCAUAAAAAUCCAGAUGCAGAUGUUAAAACUACAUUAAAAGCUUAUAAAAGUUAUUCUGCUGUGCGAGCUUACAAAGGAGAUACAUUUUUCUGGAGCUUACUUCCUCAACCUGGAGAUAUACUUGCAUUUCAUUUUCAUAACCCUGUUCUUAUUGAUAGGUAUUUAUUCAGAAGUGGGAAUGCUGAGCAUCCUGAAGACAAAUUUUUCAACACAACAAUUGAAGUUUUACCAGUUACAUAUUCUGAAGACCAGCCAUAUCCAAAGACCAAAGAUGGCUUUCUAAUUGUUGGACAGUUCAAAGAUACAACAGGUGUUGCAGAAGGUAACAUAAGCUCAACUGUUGGUUAUGUUAAAAUCAUGAGGCUGUAUGUCCACAGUGAAAGUGACCGAUGGGCUAUUUUAAGUGAGAUACACAUUCAACCAGUGGAGAGCAAGUUGGGUAUCUUUGGUCGGUGACAUGACGAUGGAGCUCUGCUGCAAAUAGGUAUUUUGCUGCAGAAGCUUACUUUAACGUGUUCCUUGUUAUGGUGCCUUAUUCCAAAGUGGAAACAGAGAUCACAAAACAAAGUAUGAGAUAUGGAUUACAAUAUAGAAUAUUAAGACUGAUAUUUUUGGAAGCAAAAGCAACAAAACAAAUUUUAUUUUGAUUAAGGAAGAUUUGAUAAAAUUCAGUUUUGAGUUCAUAAAUUCUUAAACCAAAGUUUAACAGAUUUAACUUGCAGAAGAUCCAAAAUGAUAUAUGUACUAGCUGCUGUUCUGUAUUUAAACAUGAUAUAUUGAUUUUGCAUAAUGGAAAGACUAUGCUUGUGCACUUUACUCUGUAAUAUAAGUUUGUAACUAAAUUGGUGUUAUAGGAAAUAUAACACUUUAUAAAAUUUAUCAUUUUAUAGUAAAAUAUAAUGGUUACUGAAUGAAGAAAAGUUUAAUUUUAAAUUUAUAAUUUUAAUGCAGCACUAUCAUGAGUUGAAUUUGCAUUAUAUUUUUGACUGCUAGGAUAUACUCUUUUUCCUGGGUAUGUUACAGAUGCUUGUUUAAGCAGCUAUAUUUUCUGUAAGAUAUCUCAUUGAGCAAAAAAUUAUACUGACCUCUGUAGUGAUACCGAUUGUGGAAGUGUUUGAUUAAUUUGAAAACUUCCAAAUAAAAACAUAUUAUCUACUUUAUUUUGCAAAAUAUCAUUAUGUUACAUGUUUGUAAAGUAAAACAUAAAUACUUGCUUCUUUGUGUUUUAGAAAUAAUUUUGAUUUUUAUCCAAAUUUAUAAAAUUUAGAAUGGUAUUAGAUUUUCAUAAUUUUUACAGACUAUUGAAAUUGAUUCAUGGAAGAAAUUCUAAGUAGUUUAAAUGUAAUAGAAGAUUUCUAAUAUAACAGAAGUUUUCAGUUUUGUUUGUUUUCAGUUUCAGCUUCAAAGUUUAUAUAACGUUCUAGCAUUAUCAAUAAGAGGCAGUCAUAAUCAUUGAGCGGUUUUAUGUACAAGAUUGCAUUUUCUUCCAUAAUUUUAAAAGUGUGUAAUUUUUGUUACCAUAAAUAGCUUUUAACGUGUACAUGAACAGAAUAAAUUUAUGUAGUCAAAUACAUAUACAUAGGCAUGCAUAUAUUUUGGAAACUGUGAAGAUGUGAAUUACAUAAGUGGAAACUCUCAGUCUUUUUGUAGUAAAUUAGUCCUAUCUAGGAAACACUGCAUUCAAAACUGGUAUUAUGGCAGCUGAAAUAUUAUUUUAUUAUAAAAAAGUUAUAGUAUUCUUAGUAAUGUAAUUCUGUUCAGCUUCCUUUUCCCCCCCCCCCCAGAAUUUUGACCAAGAGUAGCUUUUUCAGUUAUACAAAUUAACGAAUAUCUAAAUGUUAGAAACUUUCUACUCUUUUAAAAUGUAAUAAUGUGCAACUUGAAUUUUAUAACAUUUCUGUGCCUGAAAUUUUCUUUGCUUAAAUGCAAUUUUAAUAUUUUUAAAUUCGAAUGAUAUUAAAAUUAUUAAUCUGAAAUGUUUCAGUUGAAAAUUGUUCAAGUAAGUAAGGAACAAUUUGUUGAAUAUUAAAAUAUAAAUUUUUGGAUUAUUAUUGCUAUUGCAUUUUUCAGCAGCUAGUAGAUGUAAUGAAAUCUUAGUUUAAAAUUUUAAAGCAUAAAAUUUCAUUAGGAAAAAAAAAGAUUCUUUUAUGGGGGUUUCAGUCAAAUAAUUUCUCAAAACUUGAAAUAUGUUGAAAUAUUGUAAUUGAUUAUUAUUUUUUAAAUAUACAAUAGAAGUGGGUGUGUUACAGUUGGUUUAGUAUGUAAAAAAUCAAAUCUUGAGCAUAUUUUCAUAUAGAUAGAUGUAUCUAUCUUUUGUACACUUCAACCUAGUCAGUUAUGAACAAGUGUAUUCUCCAGUAUAAACAGUUCAAGCUGUUGAAAUGUUUUGUGGUAUAUAAUACCUAAAAUAUUAAACACAUAAAUUGCUUUGAUGUAUUUUGUAUGGACAUAGAUUUAUUCCUACUGUCUUACCAUUUCAAGUAACAUAUAAAGUUCUCUGCAUAACAUGCUUAUAAUAUACUCACAUUUAUUUAAUUGACUUUGAAAAAAGUAAAGAAAUAACAAUUCAUAAUUUUUGCUCUUCCAGAUCAUCUCAGAAUGUAAGUUUGUAUUCCCAACAAACUCUUUGAAUAUGCUUUAAUAUUCCAGUGCAUCUAAAAAGGGGUUUUUUAAUUAAAUAUUCAUUUACCAAGUUCCUUUUUAAAACCUUUAAAUGUGCUUACAUAAAAGUAUUUGAAUUUAUAUGUUUUAGUACUCAUGUACUUAUAUAUAUAAAUAUACGGGACUGACUGAUUGAUACUAAUGUGAUCUCCAGAUAGUACUCUUGUUUUAUGAUGCUACAUAAUUUCUUGUAGGAAUGUUUCUUAAGGUAAAAUAAGAUUGUUUUGAACAAGUCAUAAUGCUAAUUUCAGAUUAUUACAGAUAUGCUUUACUCAUAAAAUUUUAGUAUCAAAUGAGUAUAAACAUUUUGUUUCAAAUAGAAUUUCCACAUUUAAUUAAUUCUGUAUACCAAAUUAUCAGUUAAUUCAAGCACCUGUUAUGUAAUCUCUACUCCUUAUAAAGGAACUUUAAUCAAUACAUUUUGAGUACAGGUUGAAAUAUUUGUUUCAAAUUUUGGCAUUCAUUUUUGUAAUUAUUAUAUGGCUGUUAAGGUAGUGAUUCAUGUUUAAUUUUUCUUUAAAACUUACUAAGUAUUAAACUUUUAUUUUUUUAUGAUUUGAAACGAAUUUUCUCUUAAACAGUCAUUGUAUUUGAUUCAGUCUUUAUGCAUAAGUAUGUGUGCUUUUGUGAAAUUUCCUGUGUUUAGACAAAAGGUUGUAAAUUGAUUCAAAUGUAAAUUUUGCACUUAUGGUUGAAAUUACGCAAACUGUCAAAAUAUGAUUAUCUGCAUAAGGGGGGAAAUUAAUAUGUGAUCAAUGAAUAUACUUUUAUAGUCAUUGUAAUAUCAUAGUAUUAAUCUAGAAAAAUACACUAUUUGUAGUUUUUCAUAUCAUUUUUUGACUAUGUUUGUGUAUGUUUGUGGUUUUUGGCAUUUAUCAGUACUUCCUUGUUAUUGUAUACAUUGUUAUGCUUUGUAUUAGAAGGCAUUUAUUUUUGAUUGUAUCAUUUUUUAAUAUAAUUUUGAUUUGUGCUGUGAUUCUAAAGUUUCUGGGAAAGCAAGACAUUUGGUUUCCAUUCAUAUAGCAAAGUGAGUUGUAUGUGUGAAUAUGGAUUAAUUCUCUGUAAUAAUAUAUAUGUAUUAAACCUAUGUAUAUAAUACAAAAAAAUUUCUAAAGUGCCAAACAAAGUAUGUAUAUAUGGAUUUGUUAAUGAAACUGUUGACCUAUAUUUUAAAAAGUUUUCAUGAAUGUUAUCAUAUGCCACAGAUGUGCUGUCAUUUAAAUGAAUAGUUCAAAUGUCUAACUAAUCUCCAGUAAUUUUUAACAAUAAAAUACAUGUAUUCUGUGAUUUUUUUAUGAAUAAUAAAACUGAAAUUUUAUUAA